UUGUAGCUGGCAUCUCUGCCGUAGACACACGCACUAGCUGCUCUGGGAUGUUUUCGAGCGCUAUAUUUGCUGGCAUGAGAUCUUCUCCAGGGAUCGUGGCCCGUGUCUUGCGCGAAAAAGCCUCUCGUGGCCCGCCUGCCCGGGCUUCCCGCAGCACGUCGUUCCGUCGCUCUGCGGCAUCAACUUGGGUUGCAGCAGCACCGGCAGCCGACCAGACAGGGCAACGGGAGGUGGCCUCUGCCCAGGGAUUGUUGCGGGCAGCAGCAGCGGUGCCCCGACAUGGUCGGAAACACGGAGAAGACGGCGGCGAUAACGUGUUCCGAGUGUGGGGGGGCUUGCUCGCGGCGGCGGCCACGGUGGCUGCGCAAGGGGCCGAUGGGGCCGACACCAAGCAGGCCGCCUCCGCUGCUGCUUCUGGGGGGACGAUGAGACAACAAUCACGACGAAAUCGAGCACCCGUCGGAGAGCUGCCGGUCGGACGGCAUGCGGUGGCGGAUGCCGUGGAGAGCGCCUCGCCGUGGGUGGUAAACAUCGUCUCGGGAUCGGGAAUGUCCGCGGAAGAGGCUGGCGGUGCGAUGAAGUGGGACUCAGACGGCGUGCGCAACAUGGGGUCAGGCUUCGUCAUCUCCGGGGACGGUCUGGUGGUGACCAACGCCCACGUGGUGGAGAGGUUCGCGGACGGGGCGGUGGUCAUCACCCUCGACGGCGGGCAGAAACUGAAGGGAAAAGUGCAAGCGAUGGACCGGAGGUUCGAUCUAGCCCUGCUGAAGGUCGAUGUGCCCCCCGGUCACGAGCUGCCCGUGGCCAAGAUAGGCCGCUCGGUGACGCUGAGGGCCGGGGAGUUCGUGGUGGCCAUGGGGAGUCCGCAGGGCUUGUCGAAGUCGUGCACCCUGGGGAUCGUGAGCGCUACCACGCGGCGCAGGAGCGAGCUCGUGGCUGAUGCGAGAACAGAGACGAUCAUGAGCGAUUCCACGGACUUCAUCCAGACGGACGCGGCGAUCGCCUCGGGCAACUCGGGUGGCCCUCUCAUCGACCUGGAUGGGAGAGUAAUCGGCAUCAACACCCUCAAGCUCAGCGGUACGGACGGAGUCGGGUUCGCCAUCCCGAUCGACACAGCAUGGCAGGUUAUCGAGGAUCUGCGCACACAGGGGCGGGUGGACCGGCCACAGCUGGGCAUGCGCCUCGUCACCACGGACAACCAGAAGGGAAAAUCGAGUGGAGUCAUGAUCUUGAGCGUGACGCCGGGGGGAGCGGCGGACCGGGCCGGCUUGCGAUUCGGCGACCUCAUCACUGAGUUCGAUGGGAAGGCGGUGACAACCACCACCGAGGUGCUGCAGCUCAUCGGCCACCAGGUCGGGCGGGCGAUCCCGAUGACCGUCGUAGCGGCGAUACCGCCGGUGGCGGACCCCGGUCACCCCCCGGAGGAGAGCGAGACGCCGCCGCCGCCACCGCGCCGCGUGACGGUGGUGACGGAGUCGGACCUGCCGCGGUCGCCGCCGGCCGCCGCCAACGGUUCGGGCUCCGCCGCCGCCGGUUCGGGUGCCGGUGCCGGUGCCGGUUCCGGUUCCGGUUCCGCCGCCGCCCCUUCUUCGAGUUCUUCUUGUUCGCCGAGCCUGCCGCUGCACCGCGAACGACGCUGACCGCGGCUUAGCAGCAGCGGCGCGGCGGCUGUUUUUGUUUGGACGGUGUGUGUGUGUCGUGUGUCCACGUGUUUUCGCUCGCUUUGGUCGAGAGAUGGGCUUGGCCGGGGGAGAGAAGGGGGGAGUACGGCUGUACGUGCAAUGGGUUGUUGAUGUAGCCGUCGAGGGGAGAAGGUGUGCUUUACGGGUCUGAAACACCCUGUCUGUCGGGU